GUUUGCUACUAAGUCGCGGUGGAGACUGGUCACGACGUCAGCGGGUUUGGAGUAUUAUGGGUUGGCAGCGAGCCUCCAGCUGAGGGGAAGCUCCGAGCGCUUUCACUGCUGCGUUCCGGGAGCCAGCGAGUCAACAUCAUGGAGCUGUCGGCCGUGGGGGAGAGGGUUUUCGCGGCCGAAUCUCUCCUCAAGCGACGCAUCAGGAAAGGUCGAGUCGAAUACCUGGUGAAAUGGAAGGGCUGGUCUCCGAAGUACAGUACGUGGGAGCCAGAAGAAAAUAUCCUGGACGCCCGUCUGAUAUCAGCCUUUGACGAGAGGGAACGUGAAAGAGAAAUGUACGGGCCAAAAAAACGUGGACCUAAACCCAAAACCUUUUUACUGAAGGCGAAAGCCAAGACCUAUGCCUUCCGGAGUGAUGUAGCGAGGGGACUGAGGAUGUCUUACCCGGGCAGGUCUGCUCAAGAAUCCGCCUUCUCCUCCACCAGGUCGAGAGAAGGUCUCCGGAGAGACCCCGCGGGAGCUCUGCAGCACGCCAGCCUUUCCAGGGGCGAGACUUCUAGAGAGAGGACUGCUCGGGUCGAGGAGAUGCCCAGAACCCACCACAAAACAGCCGCUCAUAAAUACCGGAAAAAAGGGGUUAAACCUGGUAAAAUGGACUACAAGGACGGUCAAGCUAUCCGUGCAGGAACCCUCAAAAGGAGUUCACCGGACGAUGUUGAAGGGAGGACACCGACCUACCCCCAUUUUAAACGUCGGAAAUCUGAGGAGCUUGAUUCAGGGAGUGAUGAUCUGGAGGAGAAGGUUGAAAGUGGGUUAAUUCACUUGACUGAGAGGCAGGAAGCAAAGCUGGGCAGUGCUGUGUCCAAUCCCAGAACGCAGCUGAAUCGCACUUCACUGAGCUACGGGGAUAGUAAAUACGGUGCAGACUCUCACUCCCUUCGGACUAAACAGGGCAUGGAAUGCGCAACCUCUAAGAGUGAACCAGGGAUCGACACAUCUGCACUUAACAGUAAGCACGCAUCGGAGGGCACGGUGUCUAGGAAUAGUGUGUGUGUGGCCAGUGACAGGCCCGUUUCAAAGUCUCCCUUGCUGGCUAAACACCAGGUCUCCCGAUUUCUGUCGGAGCAGGAAGAGUCUUGGAGCCCAUCACUGAACAAUCUGGAGAAAGUGGUGGUUACGGACGUUACGUCAAACUUUCUGACUGUCACCAUCAAAGAAAGCAGCACAGACGAAGGCUUCUUCAAAGACAAAGUUUAAAAGAAAUGAAACUUGUUUGCUAAACCUGGUGAUGGGAGCGCGUUGAUCGUGACUAACACCUGUCAGUCACAACAGCACUGAGGUGUUGCUGGAGAAAUUGUGACUUUUUAUUUCUUCUGUGGGUUGUAAAUAUUUUCCUGCGAGUGGGUAAAACGCGGUUACUCCUCAUGUGCAAGAGACAAAAGAAGUCCUCGUUUCGUACGCCUGUGUUCUGGGCUGCAUUUCAGAUGCAGUUGGGUAAAACGGUGUUAAACACAUCAAGAGGUUAAAGCCAAAUAGGGCAACGUUUAGACGUUUGCUUUUGCCCGGUUGGUGAGAUGGGAGUCGGUCUGCCUCACCACCUGCCAGUCAACAGAGCCCCCAUGUAUGUGAUGGUGUUACUCAGCUUCAUUUCAUUUGUAGAUAUAAAUGGACUUCGAGGGUGUUUGUUUGACUCGGCACUCGAUUUAGAGUCUAGAUUAUGGCUAAAAUGAUAUUAACUUAACAGUAAAUAGCAUUGACUGACUGCAAUGAUUUAAGUUGACUUUUUCGUUUUCCAGUCACCGGACUUAUGCCUCCUUUACAAUGACAACAUUCUUUGUUCUUAAAAAGGUCUAAAUACAAUGUGUGUUUGGACAAUGCCAAUUGCACUUUUCGUUAUCUCUUUAAAACAUAAAAAAAGUUGUUCCGGAGCAGGGCGCUGUACUUUUUGCUUCCAGUUUUAAUGGUUGACUUGUAACUAAGUUAUUCAUCCGUGGGCAAACGGGGAGUCUUCCCAUGAUACAAUAACAUGACGAUUGACUGUAUGAAUAAAAAUGCCUAGAAACCGAGGAAAGGCAUUCCCGGGUACUUUCACUCAAUUCCCUUGUCCCUUCAAACUCUGACUACUUCUGAAGGAAAUUGCUCCUCGUUUUCCCCAGUUUUGUAUCAAGACCGAAUCACACUCUUUGAGACAACUCUUGGAUACACACCGUAUGUAUGAACUAAACUGAACGUUAUUUGACACCCAAGUCAAAAACCUUUAUACUAAAUCCAAGGAUGGCUCCGUACAUUUCAUUUUCAACUUGAGAGAGGACUGUCUAGACUUUGGUAAACAAGUAUAUUUGCAUAGAAAUUGCAAGUAUAAGCUCGUAGGUUGCUUUUUGGAAACUCCAGUACAUCUGCCCCUUACCUAUUUGACCUUACAAUUAAAAGCAGGGAUAAUCCCUCUUCUGAUUAAUGUUGUGAUGCAUUCAUUAUAAGCCAGUCACUAGUUUAUUUUAAGCAAGUAACUAAAAACAAGAAAAGGGACGUAAUAUCCAAAUGACUUUUGGAAAAAUGUUUGUCAUUAUAGGUCAUGCUCCUAUAGCCAUAUUGCUAAGUUAUGAAUGAUGGUGUGUGGGGUUGGAGCUAUGUUGACUGAUGGCUGUAUUCUGUUCCUUUAUCAAGAAAACUACCCUAUGUUCCAACAAUAUGUUGUUUUAAAAGCACAAUCGCGUUAAUACGUAUUUAUUGGAUCCUUGUUUCCUCUAUCACAAAUAAAUUGGAUUUUAACUGCUCCCAGAAAUCGUUCCAAAGGGAAUUUUGAUUCUUCUAAACUAGCUUCUAUGUAAAGCUGUGCUGCUCAUAUGUGGGAGACCAAAACCUCACGGGAACUCGGAAUGGUAGCAGCAUGUCUCCAAUUUGAAAUUCGUUUGCAACAUUGAGAUGGAAUUCUAUCACCAGUUCCCAUCGUACCCAACGAUCUAUCCACGUACCGCAGACGGUAUUUCAAUGAGUUAAUUUUGUCACCCAACAGACGGCCAGAUUUCUGGCUUGCUGAAUGGAUCCAAAACAAGGCAGGGGAAAGACGGUCAGUCCUGCUGUCAUAAUGUAACAUUUAGUCAAAAUUCUCAUUUUCCUUUUUUGUGUGUGCUUCGACCUUAUAGUUACUGGUUAACUUGACGAUCAAGUUUCCUGAUACUCGGAUUUCUAUAAAGUUGAUCGAGUCACUUUGAGAAUGGGAUCGUUUAAGAGAACGCCUAAGGUUGGAAGGUAUCCAACCUUUACACAAUCCAAACGUGUUGCCAUUCCUGGACCACAUGGCUAAGAAUAAUCUUUAACAUGGGGUUACGCUGACAACGCUCAGCAUAACUAUUGGAUGCCUGAAGUACAUUCCCAAGAGAAAGGGACAUUCUUGCCCUUCAGGUCAUUUUGUAUAGAUCAGGAGUUUUUCUUUGGAAGUAUUUAGACUUUGCAAAAGCAACAUUCAAGGAAUUGACACGAAGAGCUCUCUACCACACGUAAGUAGGCAUUUACCUUUAGAAUGAUUGCUGAGGGUCUGACACAGCCAGCAGAUAAUUACUUUGGAUGAUAUGCACACAUUGGUCAAAAUGAUUUACCAAAGGAAAUGUGUUAAUUCUAAUGAUACGAAAUCACCUGUAAUUAUGGCCAGUGACAUUAAUGGGAGCAGUUUUAUUAUUCAUGAUGGUUGGUGUUUAUGAAUGAAUAUUUAACGUACGUGUUUUUCUGGCGUUGGAGAAUGAACAAAGGAAGACAAUGCUCAAAUCUCAAAGUUGAGGAAAUCAAAAUCCCUUGGUCACUUACAGACUGAUGGAAUUCAGAUGACAUUGUAUCUACUUUUGAAAUGAGUGUAUAUUAGAUCUAGAAUUAAACGGAUCUUCUGCACGUUGAAUGUUUUGACUAUUAAAACUUGAAGAGGCCGUGCCUGUAGCUGAAUGUAAUGUAUAUUAGUGUGUGCAGGCCGUGUCAAUGGGAUGCUCAGUAUUGUCAGAUGAUUUGCAGAACUAGUGUGAUAUAUAUCCCGCUUUCAAAAACGGUUGCCAUAAAGGUUUUAAGGGAACUUAUUUUGGUCGCCCUACGAAAUAAAACAGAAACUAAAUGUAAUUUUCAGAAGGCAUCUUAAAGUUUAUUAUAAGCAAAACUGUUAGUGCUUGGGAAAAAAUCAUUGACCAUAUCACAAAAAUAAAUUGGUCAGAAGUAAACAUAUCCCACCAUCACAUUAUGCAUCUACAAAAUUUGUGAAAUGUAAUUAUGAUCUAUAAAGAUUGAAAAGUUUGGAGGCGAUAUGACGAUAAACUAUUUUAUGUAUUCUGUAUAAUGGCCAGUGUUUAAUACAUUGCACUUAACUCUACUUAUUGUUUCGAUAUUUGACUAUAAAUGUACUUUGUAAAUAAUGGUGAUUAAAUUGAAAUAAUGUUUUAAAAUGUUUAUAACACUUGGAGUCUGUCAUGCUGUAUGG